AUGUCUUCUCUACGAAGAUUGGGCCAGAAUGGUCCCCAUGUUUCUUCCAUUGGCCUUGGAUUUGGAAGUAUCACUGGAUCCUACGGACCACCUGGUACUUUUGAUGAAAGAAUCAAGCUCUUGGACCACGCAUAUUCCAGUGGACUGCGCUUUUGGGACAUGGCUGAUAUUUAUGGUGACAGCGAGGAUCUUGCUGGGGAGUGGAUUAAUCGAUCUGGCAAACGUGACGAUGUCUUUCUGGCCACGAAAUUUGGACUUCAACAAGAGCUUAGUGGACUACACAGUUUCAGAUCAGAUCCCGAGUAUGUUCGAACCGCCUGUCAGAGAACUCUACAGAGGCUAGGAGUAAAUACUAUUGAUCUGUAUUAUUGCCAUCGAGUGGACGGUGUCACGCCUAUUGAGAAGACCGUGGAAGCUAUGGUAGAGCUGAAGAGAGAAGGAAAAAUUCGAUUUCUGGGUCUAUCAAGUGUAUCAGAGACUACUUUACGUCGGGCUCACGCCAUCCACCCAAUCACUGCUGUGCAGUUGGAGUAUAGUCUUUUCAUGUUGGAUGCCGAAUCGUCAGAGUCCAAUGUUAUCAACACAUGCCAUGAACUUGGAAUUGCCGUUGUCGCGUUCUCUCCGAUUGGCCGCGGCAUUUUAACGGGCCAAUUCCGAGCCCACGAAGAUUUGCCAGACGAUCUGCGGCGCCAUUACCCUAAGUAUGCGGGUAAAAACUUUCCAGAAGUUAUGAAACUGGUGCGGAAAUUGGAAGAGGUGGCCACAGGUCAUGGAAGAACUCCGGCACAGGUCGCUUUGGCAUGGUUGCUGGCUCAAGGACCACACAUCUUUCCUAUUCCAGGCACUAAAUCAUCGAAGAGAAUGGAGGAAAAUGCCGCAUCUACGUCGAUACAGUUGGAGAGCCAAGAAGUUCAAGAUAUCAGGGCUAUUGCAGAGAGUUUGGAAAUUGAAGGAGCUCAGUACCCAUCUGCGUAA